AUGGCCAAGACCCCGCUGGGCGACGGAGAUUUUGAUGGUCUGUUCAGUGUUGAGAUCCACUAUAGUGGUUUCUUUUGUGGCAGUGACAUAAACAGAACAUACAUGGACUAUGAGGUUGAUUGGUUUGACAAUUGUCAGACUGACACUUGGUCCUUACUCUGGAUUGAUGACUUUCUUCUGCAGCUGGGCUAUGAUAGACAAGCUUCAAAGAUUGAUGUUUACUGGUGUGAACCAAGAAAGACAGUUAGUGAUGGCCUGAAGCUCUUGACCUGUGAUGCCGACAUUGUUCUUAUGAUUUGUGCAACAUUAGAGCACAAGAACCUGCUGCUGAUAGUAGACCAUGGUGAUACCCUGCAGUCAUUAAACAAAGAUGAUGUUCUGACAAAUGGAGUGAAGGAUCCACCUAAGGUUAUUACUCCAAAGAGGCAUGGAAAAGAAAAUGUCAGUUAUCCAGAGAAAGAGCAGAGUCCUAGAGAGAAAAUGUCAAGGACAACAAGGAGAUCUAUGUCAUUUGGAGAAGGAUGUAGCUCAAGGAAUGCUAUGGAGGAGGAGAAUAUUGAGGAUGUUAACAAUAGUGAAGAAGAGGGAAAUGAUGAGGAUGCAGGGUCAGAAACAGAUGAGGAGUUCUAUGAGAGUGACUAUGAAGUUGCAGAAGGUGAUGAUGAUUUGUUUGACGCAAAUGUAGACAAAGAUGUUGAUGAUCACAGAGAGAAGAACAUAUUGCCAGACUUUGAAGAAGAACUUCCAGAAGAUGCUUUGGAGGACAGCCACUUAAAUAUGUCGAAAGAAGAGAAAGAGAAGCUGAAGCACAAAUUCAGUACUUUCAACCCAACAACUGAUCUGAAUGCACCUGUGUUUAAGAUUGGGUUGGUGUUUGCAGAUAUGAAGGAAUUGAGGCAUGCUCUCACUGCAUACAGUGUAAGGAAUAGGGUGAAAGUGAACAAGCUCCGAAAUACUUCAGUAUCACUAGAGGCUGUAUGCAAGCCUGGUUGCACUUGGUACUUGAAGGCAGGUAAAGAUAACAGGUCAAGUAGCAUACAGAUCAAGAAGUAUGUUGACAAUCACACUUGCACAAAAGCAUGGGACCUGAGAGUUCUGACUGCUCCUUUUCUUACUAACAAGUUCAGAGAAGAAUUCAGAGACAAUGAAAAAAUGCCUCUGAAGAAAUUUUCAGAUAAGGUGGAGACAGAAUAUAAUUUGGUUCCACACAGGAGUAAGUUGGGAAGAGCUAGGAGAGCAGCAGUGAAUCAAAUAAGGGGAGUAGAUGAUGACCAAUAUAAUACUUUGUGGGACUAUGGUCAGGAGCUUAGAAGGAGCAAUCCAGGAAGCCAGUUCUUCUUGUGCACUAAGGAAGUAUUUGAUGAGAAGACAAAGAAGGUACAAGACCACUUUUCCACAUUGUACUGGUCAUAUGAUGCAUGCAAGAGGGGAUUCCUUAAGGGAUGUAGACCAAUCAUUUUCCUGGAUGGUUGUCACAUUAAAACGAGAUACAAGGGAACAUUACUAACAGCCGUUGGAAUCGAUCCCAAUGAUUGUAUCUUUCCAGUAGCAUUUGGGUUAUGUGAAGUGGAGUCAACCCAUAGCUGGGAGUGGUUCUUAGCAUCCUUAAAGGAUGACCUGAACAUAAUGAACACCUCACCAUACACCAUUAUGAGUGACAAGCAGAAGGGAUUAAUAAAUGCAGUGAAAAAGGUUUUCCCUCAUUCAGAACAUAGAAACUGUGUUAGGCACAUUUAUCAAAAUUUUCAUAAAGUACACAAGGGAGAGCAGCUCAAGAAUGAUCUAUGGUCUAUAGCAAGAAGUAUUCAAUAG